CGACCACCCACCUAGAGCCGAAGGAUCUGUCCUUGGUUUCUGCCUUUUAACAGGCAGUUUUUCCUUGCCCUUGUCACCAAGUGCUUGCUCAUGGUGGUACUGUUGGGUCUCUGUAAAUAAUGUUUUAAAGAGUUCGGUCGGGACCUACUCUAUUUGAAAAGUGUCCUGAGAUAACUUCUGUUACGAAUGGCGCUAUACAAAUAAAAUUGAAAUGAAUUGAAUUCACUAAAACAGCUUUAGAGGACAGAGACCUGAUAUUUAACAGUCAACCUUUCAUUGUUUUAUUUUGUGCUUCUGAGGAGUUGGUUUUAAUUUUUAUUAGGUUUUUAUGUUGAACUCCUUGUUUUUAUUUCUUUAAAUAAUUUAGGUGGUCGGGGGACAGAAACAGUCUCUAUGGGGUUUUGGGUGGGUGACUGCUCUAAUGGAAGAGCAGAGAAGUGUGUAAGACAGCAGCUCUGCUUCCUGGUCCCAACUCUGGACUGUCAGGUUUUAGAAAUAAACUUUGCCAUAUUCCUAGAUAAGAGAGCCGCUCCAUCCAAAGAUGGAUGGAUGCCGUCUCUCCUAAUCAGACCAGGUUUUCCCCAAAAAGGCCGCCAGUUAUCUAUGAAACCCACAUUGUUUGCUGGACACCACCUUGACAGCCAGCGUUGGAAUGACGACAUGUGGCUAUACAUGUCAUCACUGGUCACAUUGGGCAGGGGUCCAGAGAAAACUACGGAGUCGACAUUGUUUUUGAAUAAUUACAUACCGACUCCACAUUAAUUUUAGUGACCUCCGAGUGGCGUAAUCGGGUGUCAUUACCGCCGACGUGAAUAACUGACGUGAAUCUUACUAUAUUUAUGUUUAUCUUUAGCCAGCAGUUUUAAAUAUUUCCCCAGUAAUACAACUUUAUCUACAGUCCAGUCAGAGAAACGGAGGGUAACCUAUUUUAAAACUUACCCACAUGCAUAAGAGAUAUUAAACAUUGCCUAAAUGUCGCUCCAUCGGUCAAUUAACAGACACAAAGAAGGACCAAUAGUUAGCGUGCAGCCUCACCCUAAUCAUUUGAUUGGAUGAUUAACUUCCGGUUGAAAACCAAUGCCGCGUUCAUGUCAUAUCAGAAUUAUCGUACGUAAUUUUGCGUUCCAAACUUGCAAAUAUCGUAACGUCAGCAUCCAUGUCGCAAUUACGUCUGAAAAUGGAAAUGCCUCACAUCAGUCCAAUGUAGGGAGUUAUAAUGUCAAACCAUAUUUUUUUCUAAUCCUCACACAACCAUCUUUUUCUUUCCGCGACUAAACCGGUAUACGUGCUUAGCUGCAUCAGAUCCAUCACACUAUACACCAAUUGCUCUUACAUCUCAGUUAGGGAAAACUAUGGAAAAGAUGGUAAUAGAGAGGUUGAUGUAUUUCAUAGAAAGUAGAGAAUAAGUUUCUUCAUAUCAGAAUGGGUUUCGUAAAGGAAGAAAUACAAUGGACUCAGUAUUGUGCGUAGAAUCAGAAAUAAGAAAAGCACAGACAAAUAAAGAGAUAGUGGUUGCUGUGUUUUUUGAUAUAGAAAAAGCGUAUGAAAUGUUGUGGAAAGAAGGCCUGCUAAUCAAACUGGAUAAGUUGGGAGUGGGAGGGAAGAUGUAUAACUGGGUAUUAAGCUUCCUGUUUGGGAGGAGGUCAGAGUAGGAAAAGAGUACUCACCAGUAGAUAUGGUUGAAAAUGGAACGCCACAGGGGAGUGUAUGCAGUCCAAUAUUCUUUAACUGUAUGAUUAAUGACAUCUUUGAGGAGGUGGGGGGAGGAAUAAGUAAAUCAUUAUUUGCUGAUGUUGGGGCAUUAUGGGUAUGGGGGAGAAAUCUGAAAUAUCUACAGAAGAAGAUGCAGGCAGUGGUUGAUACAGUGGAGAAGUGGGCAAAUAGGUGGGUAUUUAAGUUAUCAGUUGCAAAAACACAAGUGAUAUGUUUUGCAAAACGCCACAAAGAAAUAUCAAUGAAGUUAUAUGGUGAAACACUGGAGCAAGUUAAAGUAAUUCGUUUUUUGGGAGUGCUGUUUGAUGAAAAGCUUACCUGGAGGCAGCACAUUGAGAAGACAAAAGAUAAGUGUAAAAAUGUUAAUAACAUCUUGAGAUGCUUAUCAGGUCGUGAUUGAGGUGCAACCAGGAAGUCUCUAUUAAAUAUAUAUAAAACCAUGAUGAGAGCCAGAUUAGAUUAUGGGAGUAUUGCAUAUAUGUCAGCAGCUGAAAGUCACCUUAAGAAGCUGGAUGUGGAGCAGGCUAAAGGACUCAGGAUAUGUAGUGGGGCGUUUAAGACCUCCCCAGUUGCAGCUCUGCAAGUUGAGAUGGGGGAAGAACCGUUGAGAAUAAGAAGGACCAAGCUCAUGUUGGCAUACUGGGUACAUCUGCAGGGCCAUAAAAAAUCUCAUCCAGCAAAGGCCAUAUUAGAGAAUUGCUCAGAGCAUGAAAAAUCUAACUUCUGGAGAUUAGGCUGGGUUGGAAAUGUAAAGGCUGAAAGCAUUGGUUUAUGUGACGUGCAGUAUACAUCAAAUGUUCCUCUACCAGGAUUCCUCCUUGGUUGUUCCAGAUGCCAUCAGUAGAUUUUAAUAUUCAGCAGAAGCUAAAAAAGAAGACAAAACAGGGAGAUACUGGAAUCAUAGUACAAAAGUAUAUUGAGCAAAAUUAUUCAAAUAGGGUAGUAAUAUUUACAGAUGGAUCAAAAGAGCCAGAAAAUGGGCACACCGGAGCUGCAAUUUACAUUCCAGAAUUCAAAGUAGCAAUUAAGAGGAAAACAACAGAUCAUGCAUCAGUAUACACAGUAGAACUCCUGGCUAUCACAAUUGCACUGAAAUGGUUAGGAGGAGACAACAGGGACAAUGCACUCAUUACGUCAGAUAGCUGGGCAGCACUUAGCAGUAUCAAAACCAUGAAGUCAUGCAAGCGAGAUCUAAUCAUGGAGAUACAUCAAAUGUUAUACGGCCUUUAUAACACAGGGAGGACAGUCUCUUUUAUAUGGGUUCCUGCUCACGAGGGGGUUGGGGGCAAUGAGGAUGCAGACAUACUCGCUAAACAAACACUCAGGUUACAAACAGUGAAUAAUAUACUAUUAGGGAAAGCAGAAGGAAAGACCAUCAUUAAAACACAAAUGCAAAAAGUUUGGCAGGAAUAUUGGGACAUAGAUGAGACAGGAAGACACUUUUACAAUAUACAAAAACAGGUGGGGAAAGGAGGAGUGGUGGGCAGAAGCAGGAAGGAGGAGGAGGUCAUUACCCGUCUCAGGUUAGGGCACACAGAGCUUAAUAGCACAUUAUACAGAAUUGGAAAACAUCCUACUGGUAAAUGUAGAUUGUGUGACCAUCCUGAGUCUGUGCAGCAUGUUCUCAUGGAAUGCAAGGGAUGUGAGAAAGAGGAAAGAACUUAAAGCAGCAAUGCAAAAGGAAAAAGUGAGCUUCACGGUAGGGAACAUGUUUGCAAGGCUUAGAAAGCAUUAGGAGAUAUGUGAAAAAGUACUUUUACUUGAGGAAAACAGGGUUAAUGGAUAAGAUUUAAUAUAAAUAUAUAUUUUAUUUAUUUAUUUAUUUAUUUUUAUUUUCCCUUCUUUAUCUGUCAUCUAAUGUACCACACUCCAGUCCGGUAGGUGGCGGCAAUGCACCUAUAAGUUGGAUGCCAGCCGCCAAUCAAAUCAAAAGGAAGAAGAAGAAGGUAUACGUGCUCAUGACGAAUACCCUCGCAGGGCGGAAGUAGGAAGCUUUCUCAUCUCCACCAUCCGUCCCAUAUCGCUGGAACGCGGCGUAAACAACAGACUCCGUCCAGUUCCAGGCGGAGGAGGAGGAAGAAUCAGGGUUCUCAUACCUAUACGUUAGUUGAUAUUAGUUACCUUUCUGUAACUAAUGUAAAGCUUGGAAUCCUUUGAUACGAAAAUGCGGAUGUAGCUUGCUGCUCUUAUGGCUUUUUCGCCUGCAUGCUCUGAGACAGUGUCGAGAUGUUUUCAACCAACAUGGAAACAAAAAGAGUGGAGAUCCCCUCCAGUGUACUGGACGACCUCUGCAGUCGGUUCAUACUGCACAUCCCGAGUGAGGAGAGGGACAACGCUAUCCGGGUGUGCUUCCAGAUUGAGCUGGCCCACUGGUUCUACCUGGACUUCUGCAUGCAGAACAUUCCAGGAGCUCCUCACUGUGGAAUAAGAGACUUUGCCAAAGCAGUCUUCCAUCACUGUCCGUUUCUAUUGCCUCACGGAGAGGAUGUGCAGAAAGUCCUUGAACAGUGGAAGGAAUAUAAAAUGGGUGUACCUACUUAUGGAGCAAUCAUUCUAGAUGAAUCACUUGAAAAGGUGCUGCUUGUUCAGGGAUACCUUGCCAAGUCAGGCUGGGGCUUUCCAAAGGGGAAAGUUAAUGAGGAUGAAGCUCCUCAUGACUGUGCAGUUCGUGAAGUGUUGGAGGAAACAGGCUUUGACAUUAAAAAUCGCAUCUGCAAAGACAUGUACAUAGAGCAGAAAAUCACUGAUCAGCUAGUGCGUCUGUACAUCAUACCAGGAGUGUCAAAGGAUACCAAGUUCAACCCCAAAACAAGGAAGGAGAUCAGGAACAUUGAAUGGUUUCCUAUUGAGAAGCUCCCAUGUCACAGGAACGACAUGACCCCAAAGUCUAAACUUGGACUUGCCCCCAACAGGUUUUUCAUGGCCAUUCCAUUCAUAAGACCGUUGCGAGAAUGGAUCAGCAGGCUGAAAGGCGAGUCAACAGACAGCGAUGAGGACUUUUCAAACAACGGCAACGCUCCAUGCAAACCCUCAGACAAUGCUCGGUCAAAAUCCCGUCGCCUUCCAGGUCCUGAUGCAUUUACAGGAGACAGCUGGGCAAAACACAAGCAGCAGAAGGCUCUGGGCCAGCUGAGCCAGUGUGAGCUGAAUCAGAACCCAACUUUGAAAGGCAAUGGGAAGAAGUGUCAGGACUCACCUUAUACAAAGAAAGGGGCCAAUGACAGUGGAGCCAGUAACCAGCAGGUGAAAACCAUAUUAAAAGAAGAUAAAAGAAUUCAACCCAGAAGACUACAAGACAGUUUUGAGAGAGAUAUGGCUCCAUGCAGCUCCAACGAAUACCACAGCAAAGUCUGUGAGCACCUGCUGUCCUCCAAGGCUUUCCUCAAUUUUAAAUUUGACAGAGAGGCCAUCAUGAAAUGUUUUGACUACUGACGAAGUGCUGUGUUUCUCCUGUAACAACAUCAAACUAUGGCCUCUGACACUUUUUACCUUAUAGUCCAGUCAAGGAUGUUACCAAUUAAUUUUUGAAUACCUAAAUUCAUGAUUCAAUCUGCAGGCGAAAACCCAUAGACAAGAGAAACUGCUCAGGUUAACAAUUAGUCUUUUAAAGGCAAAAGAUCAAGAGUUUUGAGAACAUUAUCAGUUCAAAGCACAUGUGAGGUGUCUGUGAAAAGCACAUACUUUCAGCUGUGUUAUUUUAGUGAAUUUGGGCCAUAAUCCAGUGUUACAUUUAUCAUGUUAAAUAUUGAUUUUAAAAUUUAAUAAUUUAGGCAAUGAUCAUUUCCUUCAUUCUUCAGAAAGGUGGGUAUUAACAGUGUUAUUGGCUUUAUGUAUUAACAGUGUUACUGGCUGUAUUACCAAAAUUGUAUCCAUAAAAGUAGAAUGUAAUGGAAAAUUAAUCUGUGGUAUGGAAGUCUAUUCAUUUCCACCAUAUAUGUGAAAAUUUGAUUUUAACAUUUUAAAUUUGCCAUACAUCAUGCACACACAAAUGGGAAAAUUAUAUUUCAGUUUGAUUAAAUAUUUUAAUCCUAAUAUAUUUUCAGCCACAGGACUUUCAUACAUUGUUGUGGUGUUUCCACUUGUGUAUGGUUUCAGCAGUCUUGUAAUCAAAAGCUGUUCUGUCCUGCAGACUAAAGGGUUUACAGAUUUAAAUUCCUGUUAAGAUUUCCACAAUCAUAUUCUUCAUUAUCUAUACUACUAUAAACUUGCAGACUCUUGGGCUAUGGACCAUGAUGGAGUACCACUGUGUUAAAGUACUGUGAACAUAAGUUAUUCUCAAAAACAUUACAAAUGACUCUUACAAAGGGCCACAUUAAGGGGUUUCCAGCAACUAGAGUUGAAAACAAGCUAAUUUCAUAGAAUCAGUUACUGUUUUAGAAGUCUUUAAAGUUCAACCCACAGUCUAAAAAUUUAUAUUUUCUCCAUAAUAUCGUAUACAUGUAUUUUUUUGGAAUGUUUGUCACUGGGGGUUCUUGUACAGUGAUCUGUAGUUGUCAUUUGGCUUUAGUGGUGUUUUGAAAUAAAAUGUGAAUAUUAAUAAAGUUGUUUUUUCACUCUC